GUAAAAAAUUUUAUUUAUAUACGAAUUUCCAAUAAACUGUAUCAGAGAUUUAAUUAUUCCCAAGGUUGAAGAUGAAAAUUGGAAUAAAUGGCAAUCAAUAUUACUUUGUUAUACUUCUCCAUUAUUCAUAUUAUUUUAUACAAAUAGCUAAUUUAUUGAAAUAUUUGGAAUUUAUUUAUUAUAUAUAUGCUUAUUUGUUAGUGUUAUAUCUUCAAUAAUUGUUUGGAAAUUCACACAUAUGUCUAUUGCCCCUUCUAAUGUUUUCUAUUUUGCUUUUUAUGGUUUUGUUAAUUCUAUUAUUGUUAUUUCUAUUGCAGCUUAAUUAUUAGUUGAUUUUCUUGGAUUAAUUUAAUUACUUACAAAUAUAAAUAAAGCCUAUUUAGGAAUGACAUUUUUAGCUUUUGGAAACUCAGCAGGAGAUUUCUUUACUAACCCUUAAUUAGCUAAAAUGGGAUAUGGAAUAAUGGCUCUUUCAGGGUGCUUUGCAGGUCAAGUUUUUAAUAGUUUGGUUGGAUUUGGAUUAGUUUUAGUUUUUUAAACAUAAAAAUAUGUUUUAAAUUAAAAUAUUAGUAAAUUUUUAAAUAUUUAUUAUGGCGUAUUUUUCUCAAUUGUAACAUUUAGUGCUUUUGGAAGUAUGUAUUUAUGA